AAGGGUCGUAAGGCCGAUUGUGAAGAGGAGGAGAGGCGGCCGGUGGUGGGGGCCUCGACGCCGCCCCCCACCCCCCCAAUGGGGUCCGCGCGUCAAUUUCACUCGCGCCAUGGCCAUUGACUUCCCGACGACUCGUUGGGCCUGGCAGACAGCUUCCCUCAGAAGCUAAACCCGCUUUACCCCGUACAUGCAGACAAAAGUACCCAUGAAAACGAUCCUCUCAGCACAUCGCAUUCCCGUGUAUGAUUGCACCCGUCUGGGCUGAUCGCCGCUGCACUCCCGCGUAGGCCAUUAGCUGCUCACUCUGCUUCUGCUCGAUUGUCUUCCAGCGUCAAUGGAGUCGAGAGAUUCGUCGCCGCCCAGGUUAGUCAACGAGAGAGUGUACGUCGCCGUGGGGAGCGACGUCGAGGAGAGCAGGCUGACCCUCCAGUGGGCGUUGGAGAACUUCGGAGCCGAUUUCGGCAUCAUCCAUGUCCGCUCCCCUUCCCCGGACACUCCUCGCUCUAGCGAUUUGUAUGGUGAUGCAGCGAGGUAUCCUCUUACAGAGGGCGGUGACAUUUGUGCCAUGGAGGACGUCCUGGCUGAAUAUAUUCGCAUUUGUCAACAUGCAGCGGUGACUUUUCUGGUUUUGCCGCAAGAAAAGGUGUCUGCGGAGGCACGAUGGAUUGAGAUGAGUGACAUUGGAAAAGGGAUCGUGGAACUCAUUGAGCAGCACGCUGUUGAAAAGCUUGUAAUGGGAGGUGCAGCAGAUGAGCACUACACUGAGGGAAUGACGGGACUUAAAUCUUCAAAAGCCAAGUUUGUAGACCAACACGCUCAUCCUUCCUGUAAUAUUUGGUUUAUCUGCAAUGGACACCGAAUUUACUUUAGGGAGGGUGAUCUUAGCACCAUAGAUAUGGAUAUCACAUCGUCCAGGCAGCCAGCAAGAUCUGGAACAGUACAGUCAUACCCAAGGAGUCUGGUAGCUUCAGCUCAUUCGGUGUCCUCCUCUAGUGAAAUAGAAGAUGAUCUAUGUUUGAUUCGGUAUAAGAGAGGUGAGGGAAGUUCACAUCCAUCAACCUCAAAUCCAAUAUGUUCAUAUGAGGAGGAUCGCCAGCCUGCUCUGCUUCUGGAAGGAAAUGGUAAUGGUGAUCUCUAUGAACAACUCGAAAGAGCAAUGAUGGAGGUUGUAAAUGCAAAACGAGAGGCGUUUGAAGAGUUACUUCGUCGACAAAAAGCUGAAAAGAAUGCCAUUGAAGCUAGUCGCAGAGCUACAGUGCUUGAGAAAUUAUAUUGUGAUGAUCUGCGACAAAAGAAGGAACUCCAGGAAGCAUUAGCAAAAGAAAAGGAGAGUUUUGAAACUUUCAAGAAUCAACAAACAGAAGAGCGCUCUGCUUCCAGCAAUUGUAGAACGAUAUUAGAGGGUCAAAUUGCAACUACCAAUCAUAUGAUGCAAGAGUUGCAAGACAAGAUUGCCUCUACUGAGGAGCUGUUGGAGGUAUGCAAGAAAGAGCGGGAAGAGUUGCAGGUGUGCCUUGAGAAUGCACUCAAAGUAAAUGAGGAGCUGUUGACCAGUCAACACAGAGAAGCCCCAACAUCUCACAGACAACAAGGUCUCAUGGAGUUCUCUUUCUCGGAAAUUCAGGAAGCGACUGAUAAUUUUGAUCCAUCCUUGAAGCUCGAGGAGGGGGACUAUGGCAGCAUUUAUAGGGGUGUCCUUCGCCACACUCCAGUGACAAUAAAGAUGCUGCACCCUGAUAGUUCCCAGGGACCAUCACGGUAUCAUCCGGAGGAUGAAGUUGUGAGUAAGUUGAGGCACCCAAACUUGGUUGCGCUUGUUGGAGUCUGUCCUGAUGCUUGGGCUCUCAUCUAUGAGCAUCUACCAAAUGGUAGCCUCGAAGACCGACUUCACAGUGAAAACAACUCUGCACCUCUAUCAUGGCAAAACCGUUUACGUAUCUCUACUGAGAUAUGUUCAGCACUCAUUUUCCUCCACUCCUGCUACCCUGAUAGGAUAGUACAUGGUGAUUUGAAACCCAAAAAUAUUCUUCUUGAUGCUAACUUAGUCAGCAAGCUGAAGGACCUCCGCAUUCAAGACCAAAAUCCAAGCCGCACAUCCUCAGAGAAUGUAAACAACUCAUCAGGGGAAUUUUCUGUUGAGUCAGAUGUUUACUCAUAUGGAAUCAUUCUCUUACAACUACUGACUGGGAGAUCAGACCCAGACUUAGCAGCAGAGCUACAUAAUGCUCUUAAUGAAGGGAAUAUAAAUGACAUGUUGGACCAAACAGCAGGCGACUGGCCUUUUCUGGAAACCACUCAAUUGGCUCACUUGGCGUUGAGUUGUUGUGAGAUGGAUCGUGACAACCGACCAGACCUCAAGUCAGAGGUUUGGACUGUAUUGGAAUCAAUAAGAGCCUGUUGUGAAAUCCCUGCCACCUCUCCUAGUCAUAGUGAUCCCAAUGAAACUACCGAACCCCCAUCGUAUCUUAUUUGCCCCAUCUAUAAGGAAAUUAUGGAAGAUCCUCAUGUGGCGGCAGAUGGUUUUACUUAUGAAGAAUCCGCAAUUAGUGGAUGGAUAAACGGUGGGCACGAUACUUCGCCCAUGACAAACCUUCAGCUUCCGAAUGGCCACCUCAUCCCGAAUCGGACUCUCCGAACAGCCAUUCAAGAAUGGUUGCAAAACCAUCAAUGAUUAAUUUAUUAUUCUUCCGCAUGCCAUCUCUGGGCCUUUAACACCCAGGUAUGGCAGCCCGCUUCAGGGAUAUUUUGGAUGAUCGUUUCCGACUCCUGAGGCCCACAUCUAGGGGCUAUCUUCCCUGUUCUUUCGGAGCUUGAAGCUGCUUGCCCCGUAUACCUCCGUAUCGCCGUCUGCAGUAGCGUAGGUAUGUAAAUAAUAGCCGUGACUGGAUAUUUACUCUGAUGCUUAUCGAAUGCCAUGGAUUGGGCUGAUGGCGUUGUUGAGUUUCCACAAGGUUUAGCGUGUUUCACGGUUGCCGCUUUCUUUAUGUUUGGUCUAUUGGAAUAUGAGCAUUAGUAUAGAGUGCAGUGGGUGGAAUGGAAAGAUAUUUGAAUUGGAACUGUGAAGCUCGUUAAGAUGUUGAUAUGUAAAUAAUAUUGUGUAAACUUCCGAGUUGCAAGCCCAUCGUUGGUGUCUCCUAAGGCUCUCGUGGUGGAGAUAUAGCCAUUGCUGUCACCUGAUCGACCACAAUCCUGUCUGAGGCCCGCUCGAUGUUUGGCAGCAAACUCUGGCCUAAUAUUUUUCACAUCGUUUGAGA